AUGCUUCUCAAUCCUAUUUUCCUCAUCGUCGGCCUGGGCGCGGGCGUCGGCUCGGCCUACCACCUGCUUCGCCUACCAAACUCAAUGGGCUACAAGAGGGAGUGGGCAGAACUCUCGCCGUGCAGCAACUUUAAUAUCAGUCAAGUCAUGGUGGGAACCAAGUACUCGGUCAAUGGUUACCCGUUGGCAGUCACCUCCACCAACGCCAACGUCACUCUCACGGUCAGGGUCCGGCUUCUCAACAAUUCUGCCGAAGAAAAGUUCCAGCAGAUCUUGCCACCACUGGUCAUGUCCAUGUAUGGCACUCUAUGCAUUCCGUCAGUCCCCGUCGACAAGAAGUGGGCUGGCCAGCUUGCCCAGUACCAAGUCAUCUCGGACCAUGCCUCCAUGAGGACCUACCAGUGCUCUCUCGUCCAGUUUGUGGAUACACCCGCCGUGGACGCUUCGUCUUUUGACGUCUGUAAGAACACUACUGGCGUUAAUGGUACAUUCCAGGAAUGGGGGAGCGAGAUUCUCACCACACCUACACCGUCCUCCGCUCUGCCAGCUCCGACCGAGGUCGAGCCGGAGAGUGCGGCUCAGGACAAUAUGGCCAAACUGAGCCCCUGGAUGAUGGUCGGCGUGCCGGCCAUUACUGGUCUUCUUCCGAUUCUUUUUACUGUUUUCUAA